AUGGAUAUUUGUACUGAUGAUGCGCAGGAUGCAAACGCUUCCUUGCCCGUUCACGUUUCAAAAAAUCUUGAGAAAAGCAAAUUAGAGGAAAAAUUAUGGGAGUGGGAAAAGGAUAAUUUAAGAGAAUUAAAAAUAAUGCUAUCGCAAAACAAAUCAUCACAUGAAACAAGAAAUGAUCGACUUAAACCUACGACCUCCAACGAACUUGAACAAGAGCAUACCCUUUUACAUAUAGCACCCAUUUCCGGCGUUGGAGAGACCACAGCUCAAUUACGUGAAAAACCAGGAAGUGUAGAGCCAUCAAAGAAGGAAGAAAGAGUGAGAACAAAUGAGAAGCUGGAUGAAAACGCAAUGGAUGUUGUGUAUCAAUCAUUUGUUCCCUUUCUUGUGGGUGGAUUAGGAUUCAUACUAGCCGGUUUACUUCUUAAACAAAUUCAAAAAAUGCGAUUUGUAUGCGAGGUAAAUUUCUAUUUCUGGAAUACACUCUAUCCUUUCCUGGCAUUAUGUCUCUACUUUCAAGGCUCAUCAAGGUCGUUUGCGGAGGAGUCUGGGCUUAUACACCACAUCUUCGUUAACAUCGCUCUAGUACAGGCUCAGUCAGUGGGUAUAAGUCUUUUUGCUGCGCUUAUCACAUUCGCUCUAAACAUUUUUCCAAUGAAGGAGCAUGAAGGGAGAGAAUUUGAAGAGAUGUCGUUGAAAAAUUUUCUUUUUCUUGGAUCCACGGCACUUUUUGCUAUGUCUGCUUCGUGUUUCAUAUCAUCGGCAGCACUGGUCCUCAUUAUCAUAUGGUCGUAUACGUAUGCCAUGGAUCCCGACAACGUUGCAACGCCAUUGGCUUCUAGCUUGGGAGACUUAUUGGCUAUUGGAGCAAUGGCAGGUAUAGCGGUGGUAUAUCAUCCGCUCGCCUCCGUUUCAAUUCUAGUACCUUCAUCAGUCAUAGUCUGCUUUGUUGCACUGAUGCCAUUCUGGUUAUUUGUAACACACCUUGAACAAGGCGCGUGGGCGGCCGCACGUCAGCAAAUGCCCACUUUCUUCCUGGCUUCAAUUCUGUCCAGCGCAGCAGGUGUGAUACACGAGUAUGGGCUUAAAAGUUUUCCAGAGCUAAGUGUGUACCAGCCUCUGAUAAAUGGAGCAUCCGGGAAUCGUGCGGGGUUACAAUGUUCAAGAAUUUCCUCCUAUGUGAACACCACAAACUCUGACAAUGCAAGAAUUGUAGGAAUACGUCUGAAUCUUUGGAAUUAUUACACAAGUCCAGAUACCGAAAGCAGAGCCGCCUUGUUUAUUUUGUUGACUUCCGUACCUUUCUACGCCCUGUACUUUAUUGCCACGCACUUGAUUGCCUAUGUUUUCUUGAAACCCCUAAAAUUGAACAUUCUUUUUGUAGUUGGAUUCAUAUGCGUCGCUUUUGUACAAACGCUCAUUCUUCUGUACAUUGGGCAAAUUCUUGUGUAUUCCUUGCAUCAUUUUCGAUUAGAUCCUGACAUGCACGCAAUACCGAUGGUGACCUCGAUUGGCGAUGUGCUCGGCGCAUGUCUCCUACUAUGCCUCUUCUAUGUUUUGAGCUGGGGAAACGAUUUGGUGUUGAAGUCAAGUUCGAUGUUGGAGGAGUCAGCUAAUACGACGUCUAUCUGCUCAUUUGAGUAA